AGUCGCGGCAUUCGGGCCGAUAGUCCGCUUCCUGCCACAGAACGAAACGGACAGUACGGAGUAGCAGCCCCUCGGACGAGAACGAGAGAACUACGCCCGAAAGAGGGAGUGGGUGGGCUGCGUUAGUGGAAGGAAGAGAAUUACAAUUACCCCAAUGCAUUCGGAGUGGUCACCUCGACGAGGAGACGAAAAUGACGAUCCGGACAAGGGGGGGUUUCUCGCUCAUUUCCGUUCGAUUUUAUUUUUCAUGUUUUUUUCCCUUUUUCUCGGACAAAGUACGGGAAAGCAUGCGUUACCACCCGCAUUUUUUGCACAUAUACCCCAGUUGGCAAAGAUCAGCAAUCAACGGAUUUUUUUAUAUUUUUUUUUUCUGGUUUUCUUCUUCCUCGCGAUGUACGAAUAAAUGGGAUGGGCUGUACGAAGAGGGCGGAUUGGAGGGCGGAUUGGAUGGGCUGGUGGUAUCGCGGAGGGAUGGACGCGGUUACCGCUCCGCACACCCUAAUGACAAAACUGACGACUCGGUGGUGUUUUUUGUCAAUUGGGAGGGAAAAUGUCUUGACUUUUUCAUUUUUCCCCUUGCUUUCUUAAUUUCUUAUUCGGGGGUUCUUUUCUUCUUCUUUUUUUUUUUUUCUUUUUGGCUUCAAACACGGGACCAUGUUGGGUAUGUGUAGCUUUAAUUUCAUGCGUAUAUUGGGGAGGGGGGUGGAAUUCUGAGUGAAAUGGCGAAACGGCGGCCGGCUGGCUCUUGGUCCUGUACCGGUCUUCAGGGAAGACUGGGCGAGAGAA